AUGUACAUUGACUCAGACGAUGACCAGCAUGAUGCAUACCUGGAGCGCAUGAAAGAAGAGGGCAAGAUACGUGAGAAGGCCAAUGACAGUGACGACCCAGAGGGUGAAAGUGAAAAGGAAAAGGACAGCAGUGCCCUCAAGAGGCCAAUGAGUGCCUACAUGCUCUGGCUGAACUCGAGCAGAGACCGCAUUAAAUCAGAGAACCCAGGCAUCUCUGUCACAGAAAUCUCCAAAAAGGCUGGGGAAAUGUGGAAACAGAUUGGCAAAGAGAAGAAAGAGAGGUCUAAUGAUGAAGAGGAAGUGGUAAGUACACCGCCUAGCUCCGAAGAGUCUGGCUCACACUAA